GGCCCCUCAACGUUAUCGAGGCUACUGACUUGCUGGUCUCGACACCUCCGUGCACGAUUCCGCUUCCUCGAACCGACUUCCCGACGACGCCGUGGCACCAGCACCGCUCUCUUAUAUAUAUAUAUAACUCUAUCCUCUUUCUUCCGGCCUAAUCUCUGUCCUCCCCAUCUCUACCUUGUCUCUUCUCGUCUUCUUCCGAUGGCUCGAAUCCUCUCCCAAACCCUAAUCAGAGGUCAUCCGUCCCACCUCUCCGCCGCCCGAUCCCCGCUUCUCCCGCUGUCCGCCGCCUGCUUCGUCAGCCUCCGCGCCCGCUCCCACCGCGCGGAGAGGGACCUCGAGGCCGCCGAGCCCAGCGAGGGCGAGGUCGAGAUCGAGGUCAUCGGCGUCCGCCGCUUCGAAGACGCCAUCCACAGCAUCAUCAUCCGUCGAUCCGCCCCCGAUUGGCUCCCCUUCAUCCCGGGCGCCUCCUACUGGGUCCCGCCGCGGAAGCAGGCCCACCGAGUAGCCGAGCUCAUCGAGAAGCUCUCCAAUCCGUGGACGGAGGAGGAGACCCUCUCCUUCAUGACGAACCGAGGGUGGCCGUCGUCAUCCCACUUCCUGGAAGGUACUUCUUCACGCCGUGUGAAAAGGAAACCGAAGAAGGCCACAGCACAGUCUGAUGACGAAGAGUGAUGCUCUGUACCCAGCAAAGUUGAAAUCGGGGCUUGGAUGCAUUGUAGAUAAACAACUGUGGGAGUGAUGUAAGUAGAGGUGGAGCUGGUUGAGUGAACCUGGAAGUACAGACCAUCAAUGCGUCCCUGCUAAGCUUCUUGUGAUGUUACUGUAGUUUUAAAAAUAUUUAGUAUCAUAGUUACCAAAAAAAGAAAAAAUAGUAUUAUAAUGUAUCUCUGAUUUCAUGAUGUGCGACCUUAUAUUGUUAUGAGUUAGGGUUUCCCCCAUCUUCGCAGCUCCCUAGCUCAUUGCAUGAGGAUCGGGGUAAAAAAAAUAACAAACUGGAAUUGUAGAGCCUGGUCCUUCUGAGGAAUGUGUUCCUCUUUGUAUCAAAGCAAUUCAGAUUUAGAUAAAUCGAUCCUAUGAUGUUUGCCUUGCGAUCAAA